GCUACUUCAGCUAGCUCACUACCAGAACGGGGAGGGCGAGCUUCACAUUAGCCUACCAUGCUUUACAAUCACACGCAGACGCACGCAAAAAUCAAAUGAUAAGCCACGAACAUAAAUAAGAGCUGUGGCAUCCGAGCAGCAGGGAGCUGAUUGUUUUUUCUCUCUCCAGCUGAGGUUUGACCCCAUCACUGUGACUUGACCUCACACCUUUUGGGACAAUUGUUGCCGAAAACAAACUUGAACAUAAAACAUCUGCUGCUACAGGGCACCAAGAAGAAUAUUUGGAACAAUCAUGAAUACCCACGAAGCAGACGUGCACACCAUCUCACCCGAGCUGCCGGCAAUGUUCGACGGCAUGAAGUUGGCGGCGGUGGCCACCGUGCUCUACGUCAUCGUCCGCUGCUUGAACCUCAAGAGUCCCACCGCACCCCCGGACCUCAUCUUCCAGGACACGCCCCUCAACCAUUUCCUUUUGAAGUCCUGUCCUCAGCUGACCAAAGAGUACAUUCCUCCCUUACUGUGGGGUAAGAGCGGUCACCUCCAGACGGCGCUGUAUGGGAAACUGGGUCGGGUGAGCUCACCUCACCCCAGUGGAAUCAGGAAGUAUUUACCCAUGCAGGACGGGGCGACUGCGACCUUUGACCUCUUUGAGCCUCUGGGGGAUCAUCGGACAGGAGAUGACAUCACCAUGGUGAUAUGCCCUGGCAUUGGUAACCAUAGCGAGAAGCAUUACAUCCGGACCUUUGUGGAUUACGCGCAGAAGGACGGUUACCGUUGUGCUGUGCUGAACCACCUGGGGGCGCUUCCCAACAUCGAGCUUACGUCUCCACGCAUGUUCACCUAUGGCUGCACAUGGGAGUUUGCAUCCAUGGUUGGCUACAUUAAGCGGGCAUAUCCGCAGACUCAGCUCAUUGUAGUCGGCUUCAGCCUGGGUGGAAACAUUGUUUGCAAGUUUCUCGGCGAGAACAGGACAAACCAGGAGCGAGUAUUGUGUUGUGUCAGCGUCUGUCAAGGGUACAGCGCUCUCAGGGCCCAGGAGACAUUCCUACAGUGGGAUCAGUUCAGACGCUUCUAUAACUUUCUCAUGGCUGACAACAUGAAGAAAAUCAUCCUCUCACACAGGCACAGUCUGUUUGGAGGGAGUUCCAUCAAAGCGAUCGAUGCAGAUCUAAGUCGGCUGUACACGGCAACAUCCCUCAUGCAGAUCGACGACAACAUCAUGAGAAAAUUCCACGGCCACAGCUCUCUCAAAGAGUACUAUGAGAAGGAGAGUUGUGUCCAUUACAUUCACAAUGUCAACGUGCCACUUCUGCUCGUGAACUCUGCAGACGAUCCUCUAGUUCACGACACGCUGCUCACCAUCCCUCGCACACUAGCAGCAAAGAAGCCAAACGUGAUCUUUGCCCUGACGCUUCAUGGAGGCCACCUGGGCUUCUUCGAGGGCGCUGUGCUCUUCCCCCAACCUCUCACCUGGAUGGACAAAGUGAUUGUGGGUUACGCCAAUGCCAUGUGCCAGUGGGAGAAACAGAAGCCCCCGUGUCAAAGCGGCCCCCUGAGUGAGAGCUCCUGCGUGGAGGGAAAGGCUUAAACCUCUGUAUCUUUCUCAUUCCUUCUCUUCCCUUGUACCUCUCUCUUUCUCCGACUCCGCUGUCCCGACACUGCACUGAGGAGACACCUUAAACUGCUCUCUCUUCUCUGCCUUCUCCUUCCGGUGCUACUCACCACUACCAACCCACACCUCCCGGUCACACGCCUUCACCACAGUUCCUCUUUGUAAUCACCCUCACCUUACCGUAUGUGAACAAACAAACAUAGUUACUAACUGCCUUUGUGCCCCUUUCUGCUGUAAAAGCGGGAAAAAAAGAUUUUGUUUCUCUACACCGCCACAACAAUGAGACUUGGCCGACGGAGCCAUUGACCAAUCAUGACAAGAGAUUAAGUCAAACCGGAAUUAAAAGGAAACCCGAGAGCACCACUAAAACAAUAGUCCAAUGAGAAACAAGAGCACACAAGAAGCCUCCUAUUACAAUAAACAAGGACUGUGCUGCAGUCGGUGCCCAUUUAUUGCACCUGUAAGAAGCUCACUGCUUAUCACCGCCAAGGCCAUAUAGCCUAGUCCGCUGUCUUAACCAACACAGCAUCUUUCUAUGUAGUAUGUCUGUGUGCGCCUGUGUAGACUGAGAGUUAAAGACCCAUGACAGACCAUGUGGUCUUUGUGAUUGGUUUGUGUGAUCCGAUUUCUCUGUUCCUAGUCUAUUAGCCCUUAUAAUGUCAGAUUGUUUGGGUGUAUUGUCACUCUGUUGUUUGUAAAAAAAGAAAAUGUACAGUAGAAAGUGUUAUGGUGGGAUUUUACACACUAUUUCCACAUCAUAACAUCCUCCUGGAACUUAUGUUAAGCACUUGAAACAAAAGUGUUGAGACAUGACCAGGGAUCAACCCCAGAUGGGUCCAUGCACAUUCCCACGGUCACAUUAUAUCACUUUGAUUCAAUGCACUUUACACCCUGUAUGCCACAAUCUUUUCUUUUUUUCCCUCCCUUAUUUCCUCAUUAUUUUUUUUGGGUUUAGCUCUACUUCUAACAGAGGAAGAACUGGCGGGAGCGAGGAUGAUAACAAAACGUUAGAUGACUCACAUGUUCCCCGUGUUGUCCGUUGUCAGUGUCUUUGAGCCCUCUUACUCUGUCUUCUGCCUUUGAUCAGCUGCAGGUUCAGCCGAGAUAUUCUUCUCUUACUGCACAGAUUCAGACAUACUGCCACUGCACAGAGGCAAACACCUUAGUACCGUUUUUCAUUUGAUGCAGAUGAUACUGUCAUUUUGAAAUCUUGAAAAAAAAAAAAAAAAAAAAAAAACGCUGCCUGCUGAUUGGUCCAUGCGAUGACCAUUGAAGAUAGUCUAAGCUGUGAGGUUUGAUGAGUAGGGUGGGAGGGCUAAAGAUCCCAAAGCUAAACCAAACGUUUGUUGUAGAGGAGUGUUUGUAAAGUGCUGGUGAUUGUUUUAUUGUGUAGGUAGAUGCAGCAUGCAAGAGAGAAAGAAAAGGGGAGGGUUUAUUUUAAAGACUGUACUGAAGACUUUUCUUGAAGAUUUUCUUGACUGGGCUGUGCAUUGAGUGUGUUGCAGCACAGACUGAAAAUCUGAGGUGAACUACUGACGGUGUUCACAAACCUGCAUGGAGAAAUCGCACUGCAAUACUUAGGCCUGUGGACUUUUAAAACCCUAAAUCUAACUAACAACUUCCUUGUUUUAAGGGCUUAGGAAGGUUCUUCCAAAGCAAAGUCCAGCCAAGAAAUCUGUGAUCUAAAACCUGCUACUGAACACUGUGACGAGACACAAGGGUGGUUUGAAAUGCUCAAGAGAUUGGCAACAGUGAAUAUUGUUUGGCUGCUGAGGCCAAGGUUUGUGUCUCAUGAUACCUGGGUGGUAGUAUUUACGGAUUUCAAUUUAAAGAGAGUUUUUUGGCGUCGCCACUGAUGCUGCAAACCAAACACGAGGAACUGGAACGUCUUGGUGUCCAUUUGCGUCAGCAUUGUGGCUUAAAGGGACAGUGUGUAGGAUUUAGGGAGAUCUUUUUUUUUUUUUUUUUUUUCCUGAAAUGCAAUGCAGUAUUUACGUAGUUAUGUUUUCAAUAUUUUAGAUUGACGCCUUCACUGAAAAGUAGGGGAGAUUUAUUAAGGCGAAGAAAAGGAUAUUAAGUUACCACUAGAUGUCGCUAAAUCCUACACACUGAAACUUUAAUCAUAGCUGUUCAUUUACCUCAGAAAUCGUAGCUCAGGUUGAGAUUUUUUUGCCUUUUUCAAAAGAAUAGCACUGUAUUUGUAUUUUAUUUUUUCUCUACUGAAAUCAAACAUUAGUAUUGCAUGACUACAGUUUUUGGAGAGCCAUUCUUUUGUUUUGUGUAUUUAGCUGUGUUUACUUAAACCUAAGCUCCUACAUUGGAGAGUAUUCUCAGCAAAUACUAUGAAAUCCAGGUAUUAAUCUCACCAAUGUUUGUUUUUCUUAUAUAAAAUCACUGAUCCAACUUGGUCUCCCUCAACUCAGGGCGUCUGCUAAUACCAAGCAACAGUCCAAUACGAAUGUCCUCUUUCCACUAAUUUGAAUCCUUUUCAUGUACUGUAAUGUUUAAAUUGACACGAAAGAGUGGAAAUGCUGCAACGCUGUAUUGCAGUUUGUCUUGGAUAAUUUUUGAUCCACUCACCCUCUUGUCUUUUUCUCCGACAACCAUCAACCAGCAUUGUUCAAACCACAAAUCACUGUUGCCAUCUGUUGUCAGGGAGACCUAACUACAGCUGCCAUUCAUUGUUGGCAAACAUGUUCUCAUCCACCCACAGUCAGAUAAUAGGGUUCAACCUCUUUAAAAAAAAUUAAAAAAUAACACAAAAAAAAAAAAAAAAAAAAAAAAACAGGUGGGGUUUGGGUUUAUUGUGGCUCAUAGAACAAUCUGAUGAGUAUCGGUGACACCAGCACAAACCCAAUUUCUGCAGUAAGAGCCACCUGUGUUCUUUUUAAGAUUUUUGCCUCGCCCCAACUUUGCACAAAAAUGCAGGUUUGGAUGUAUUAUUUAGAUGUAUUUUUUUUUUCUAGCUGAUUAUUUUGUGAAUUAUUAUUAUUUUUUUUGUAUUUUGUAUUGUUACGAUGACUUAUCGUGUUAUAUUCUUGUGCAAAUGCUGCAGAGUGUGAGUGUUGAUAAGUAAACGUACGGAUACUGUGUCAUAUCACCACCUCUGAUCAACAAAAACCAAAACUUGAUCACUUUGACGGUGAAAACGGCAAAAUAGAGAUAUAAAGAUAUUGUAUAUUUGAAUAGGGACCAGUGACCAGGGCAUAAGAAUAAAGGCAAUAACAAACCAGGAGGGAUAAUCUUAUUAUUUCAGCACUAAUGUGUUGUGUCAAAGUAUAUUAGACAUGUCACGUACAUUAGGGUAAUUUCCCCAUGGAGUGUGGUUUCUGAAAUGUUUUACUGUAUUGAUAAAAAGAAUGUGCUCCUUUGUAUUUAUCCUAACCCUCAUGCUUCAGGCAUUAAGAUUGUGGGCUCAUGUUUAAUUGCUUGGAAACUGAAAAAUUCAAAUAGUCUAUCUCCCAUGACCAUAAAUGUCAGCAGAUACAAAAACGCGCAUUGUAUUUCAGAGUGUCGUUCUUCAAACUAUUCAUUUUUUUAAAAAACAGCCCCAAGCAAGAGGAUGUGAGCCCAGCAGUGUGUUAACCUAUAUUGAUCAUUAUACAGCUUUAAUUUUGUGUUUACAAACCUGCUAAAGGACGGUUAAGAGGCGCGGUGAGGAAUAGAAAAGGGCACACAACGUCACACAACAUGAUGUACCUACUGUCGUUACCGAACACUGGGCGUUUUUGUUGAAGAAAACCAGUGGUGUAUGUGUGUGUGAUCUAAAUAUGUGAGGGAAAUGGUUAUUGUGUUCCAAAAUAAAUUAUUUUCUCAAAAGAAAA